AUGGAUUCACGUAGCCUCUUAAGUGUGGGCUCAUGGAAAGAGAGAGAGAGAAAGAGUAAGAAAGAGACGAACACUUCGAGAACAAAUGCUCGUCCACUUUCUAUCCGGUACAACAGUGCCGCGCCUUGCUUCGCUUUGUCUCGAAUUGACCGCCCCACACUGCAAUCUCGGCUCCACUUGCACAUCCUGUUCCCACACCAGCCUCAGACUGACCCGCUGCUUCCGCCCUCACCCGCUUGGACGACCGUCGCCUUGGGGUCCGGGAGCCCAGAGGCUGGGGAAUCCAGACGUGCCGGUCUGAGAGAGGUAGACGAACCAGGGGAUGUGCCUGAUUUGGCUGGUCGUUUCGCGGUUGUGGGGCGAGCAUUCAGUCUCUCCCACCCCCUCGGCCCGUCUUGUCCGCCCGGCCUGAAGCCCUCUCAGCCUUGA